AUGGUCCCUGCCUGGCUGUGGCUGCUCUGCUUCUCUGUCCCCCAGGUUCUUCUCGAGGGCCAGCCUGCAGAGCUGCAUGUGGAAGUCCCGGAAAACUAUGGUGGAAAUUUCCCUUUGUACCUGACCAAGCUGCCAUUGCCACGUGAGAAGACCGAGGGCCAGAUCGUGUUGUCUGAGAACUCAAACGUCAUGGCUGAGGGCCCCUUUGCUGUGGAUCCAGAGUCUGGCUUCCUGCUGGUGACCAGGGCCCUGGACCGAGAGGAGCAGGCAGAGUACAGGCUGCAGGUGACCCUGCAGACCGAGGAUGGACGUGUCCUAUGGGGUCCACACUCUGUGUUUGUACGUGUGAAGGACGAGAAUGACCAGGUGCCCCAUUUCUCCCAGGCCAUCUACAGAGCUAAGCUGAGCCAGGGCACCAGGCCUGGCAUUCCCUUCCUGUUCCUUGAGGCUUCUGAUGGAGACAAGCCAGGCACAGCCAACUCGGAUCUACGAUUCCACAUCUUGAGCCAGGCUCCAGCCCAGCCUUCCCCAAACAUGUUCCAACUGGAGCCCCAGCUAGGGGCUCUGGCCCUCAGCCCCGAGGGCACAGAAGUGACUAUGCUGUCAGCAGAGGAUGCAGAUGCCCCUGGUUCCCCUAAUGCCCAUAUUGUGUAUCGGUUGCUUAGCCCUGAGCCUGAUGAAGGGGCAGAGGGGAGAGCCUUUGAGCUGGACCCCACAUCGGGCAGUGUGACACUGGGGGCCACCCCACUCCACGCUGGCCAGAACAUCCUGCUUCAGGUGCUGGCCACUGACCUGGCAGGAGCAGAGGGUGGCCUCAGCAGCACGUGUGAGGUCACUGUCUUGAUCCUAGACAUCAAUGACCAUGCCCCUAAGUUCACCACCUCCCAGAUUGGGCCCAUAAGGCUCCCUGAGGAUGCAGAGCCCGGGACUCUGGUGGCCACACUCACAGCCACUGAUGCCGACAUUGAGCCUGCCUUCCGCCUCAUGGACUUUGCCAUUGAGGCAGGGGAUAUAGAUGGGACCUUCAGUCUGGAUUGGGAGCCAGACACUGGUCAUGCCCAACUCUGGCUCCACAAGAACCUCAGCUAUGAGGCAGCUCCAAGCUACAAGUUGGUGGUAGUGGCGCACAGCGUGGUGAAUCUGGUGGGGCCAGACCCAGGUCCAGGAUCCACAGCCACAGUGACUGUGCUAGUGGAGAGAGUGCUACUACCUCCCAAGCUGGACCAGGAGAUCUAUGAGGCCAGCGUCCCAGUCAAUACCCAACCCGGCUCCCUCCUGCUGACCAUCCAGCCCUCAGACCCCAAGAGCAGCCCCCUCAGGUUCUCUCUGGACAAUGACACAGAGGGCUGGCUCUGCAUUGGCGAGAGCUCUGGGGAGGUGUACACAGCCCGGGCCCUGCAGGGCGCCCAGCCUGGGGCCGUGUACAUGGUGCCCGUGAUGGUGCAGGACGCAGAGGAGCCAGGACUGAACUCCUCUGUGACCCUAGUGCUCCACUUCCUGGAGGCCCCACCAGUUCCAGCUCUGCCUCCAGCCCCCGUGCCUGCCCGACACCUCUGCACACCCCGCCAGGGCCACGGCAUCGUCAUUAGUGGUGCCAGUGGAGACCCUGACCUGGCCAGUGGGGAGGGUCCCUACAGCUUUGCCCUUGGCCCCAACCCCACAGUGCAGCGAGACUGGCACCUCCAGGCCCUCAACGGCUCCCACGCCUACCUCACCCUGGGCCUGCACUGGGUGGAACCACAGGAACACAUAGUCCCAGUGGCUGUCAGCCACAAUGACCAGAUGUGGCAGCUCCUUGUCCGAGUGGUCGUGUGUCGGUGCAACGUGGAGGGGCAAUGCCUGCGCAAAGUGGGCCGCAUGAAGGGCAUGCCCACGAAGCUGUCGGCAGUGGGCAUCCUCGUGGGAACGCUGGCAGCAAUAGGCUUCUUUCUCAUCCUCAUCUUCACCCACUUGGCUCUGUCGAGGAAGAAAGACCUGGAUCAGCCAGUGGACAGUGUGCCCCUGAAGGCGGCAGUGUGA